AUGGAUCAUACGCCGCUCCCAUCCCCAGCCCAAAUCGCUCUAGCAAUGGCAAUAGUCAAGCAUAAACCCGCCGGUCAAGACAUCAAAGAAUAUAUCAUGCAAAUCAGACAAAACAUCAAGUCCAUCAAAGAAAACGCACACUCCUACCCCCAGGAAAGAUUCUUCGACAGCGUCUCGUUCUGGCAGAAAGCGUACGAAAAGUCCGAGGCAGAGCAGAGCAAACUCCUAGAUCGCAUUUUCGAAUUGGAACGUCGCAACGAAGCUCUUGCUGCUAAGGCACAGUGUCAAGAGCCAAAUUCUGGAAAGGACGAGGGAGCGUCGAAACGGAAGACACCCGCUGGGAAGAAUCCUGUCGGGGCACGCAAACGGGCUAAGACGCAGGUCAAUGCUGGGGAUGUUAGGGCUUUGGAGUCUAGUUCCGCGAUUGGUGGUGUAGGUGGACAGUUUGAGUAUGUCGAAGAAGUCUCCGCGCCAUUCAUGAGACAGUUCUAUGCGCUCCAGAAGACCUUGCAAAAACGACCUAGUAAUGUGGAGAUCUCUCGAUGUGCAGUGGUUCUCUGCAAGACGCUGGCCAAAGAGAUGGGCAGCCUCAGUGGCCAGACAAGAAUGACUACUGCCGGUGGUCGUUCGAAGAAAGUUCCACCACAGACAAAACAGCCUGACAUACCUGCGACCUUACAUAGCGUUGACUGCGCUUUCCAGCUUCUCUGCCAGGCCCUGAAAAAGCUGGCGGGGUCAACACCAGAGACUGGUAUGACCGUUUACCACAUAGUUGUGCUAUACGAGUCCACCUUGAACGCUUUGGAAGAAGAAUGCAAGGCUAAAACUGACCAAACGCCAAACGACACGACCGCAAGAGGCAAGAAGUCCAAGCCGAAGCAAGGUGCAAAAUCGAAACGGUCCGUACCAGGCGGAUCUACUGGCACAGAGUCGAGUCUCGACAAUGAAUUGGCGACACAAAUUGCUUUCCUUCUGAACAGCAUGGUGGCUUCCCUUGAUGCUGCCUGCGCAGGGCAUCAAAACCUACUCGAAGGCUUUCUAUUUGUUUUACUGAGUCGAGUAGGAAAGUUAUUGAGCUUGUUCGCUUUCCAAGAUCUACAAUUGCGACCUGACCUUUAUGCAGAUCCUGGGAAGCUCCCGAUCCCCGCGGGCUUAGAUGGAUUUGAUUUGAAUGAUCAGGCACAAUGCGCAGCGAAAAUGGAAGCCAGGCAUGUUAUCUGGCUUCUAGAACGGGCUUUAGCUGUGGUGGAUUCUUUCAGAAGCUCGAGCUCGACAUCAGCUUCUCAGAAAGACGGCGAAAAUGGUAUAUUUACAAAGAAGAUCAAGAAGAAACUGCAGAGCACUCUCUUACAGGCAGUUUUUGGAGAAAGCCCUCAAUGGAAAAACGCUCUACAGACCCUAUCUCAGCCUGACCAGAAGGAUCUUGAUAGGUUACUGAGCAAUUCUCCUGUUUCAGAGAAGGAUACUUCCGACUGGUUUAUACAAGAGACUUGGAGACUACUCGGCUGGGAAAUGCUUGAGAAAAAGGCUGUCUAGGGCAGAUGGCCACCUUACUUUCAUUGACUACCUCCUGUAUACUUCUUGAAACAACUCACACAUGACUCUAUAACGCAGGUAUACCGACUUCCAAAAUCUUUGUGUCUAGCUUCUAUUGAUAGAAGCAUCGCUAUAUGUUAUUCAUCUAUGCAUCACUUCAAA